AUGCACCAGUCGUUCACGGGCAAUGCCCGUAAGGGUCGUCAAGUCAAUCUAUCCGGUCGACACACUUCAAAUCCUUGGGCUGCAUCGGCGAGAUCGACCCAACCCAACGCUUCACCCACGGUUGCCCAAGCCCACGCCGAUCGGGCGAAGAGACAGCAAGAACGGGAGAGACUAGCUGCGGCGAGAAGAAUACAAAAGCUAUGGCGGGGGCAUUUCACUCGGCGGAAGGCGAAGGCGAAUUGGAGGCACAUAUGGGACGAGAAUGAGGCUCGAAGAUGCGGAUCGCCGAACAGGCUUGAUUAUGAAAACCUCAUCGAUACGAACGAGCCCAUAGCUGCAUAUCAGGAUCCGGCAGAGUUUCUCUAUCAAGCCAGGUUACUCCUCCAUUUCCAAGAAUUCCGGAGGCGCAGGGUAAGAGACGAACAAGAUACCUGGAGAUUGAUCUUCUUCGCCGAAGCCUUAAGCCGAUCCGUCUCUUUACUGGCCACAUCAAACCUGGACGAUGUGUGGAGGUCGACGUUCUCCAGACUCGCAAUAGUUGUAGCCCGGCAUUUGAAGAGUGUAUUGGAAAACCAGUCGGAAAAGGUCCAGGGCGUCCAAGGCCCGCGGUUGUUAAAGAUCAUCACACUACUCUGUCACGUUGUCCCGGAAGAGAUGGUCCGGAAGGCCGAUAUCCUCUUUGACGCAAUAGAGAACGCCGUGUUGUCGCAAACGGAAAGCAUGAGGCCGUCCUGUGCAGAGGCGAUCGUCUCAUUACUUUCGUCUACCAGUCCGCACAUACGUUCUGCGUAUCUAGCAUUUGCUAGGAAGAUAUUGAGCCAGAAUUCAUUCUCCAACAACAGAACCUUGUUGAAUUUCCUCGCUGAGGCACUGGAUUUGGAUGAGUUAGCGGCAGCAAUGACCGCCGAAGUUGACGAUCUGACCACAGAUGCUAGACGACCCGUCGACACGUCGCAAUUGCUGUGGCAGCUAGCUCAUCUAAUCUAUUUCCAUGACUCACUCCACAAGGGGUAUGCCAAGCAGACCAACUACAUCGAAGCAGUCUCAUCGCUCCUGGGUCAUUCUGCGAACGAAGUCGCCCAAAGAUUGGAUCUUGCAGAUCAACCUAUGUUCGGGAAUGGCAACACCACCCCCGAGCCACUUCCAGAAUUUGUCAAGGAAAUGAUACAAAGAAUACCCCAGCAGGAUAGUGUACGCGACGUUCUACGAGAAAUGGGAACAAGCAAGCAAUCGCUGGCUAGUUCUGAAUUCGAUUCCGCCAAACGACUAGCAAACUAUGCUGUUGCAUUGUUACGCGCGUUCCCAUCCAAGGCCCAGAACAUCCGAAUGUCUUUGUACCAAGGUUCUGUACGAUCAAUGGGAGACAAUGACGUCUCAACUAUCCAAUACUUUUGGCAAACCACACGAUCUACAACAGUAUUCAAGAAAGUCGUUCAAAACCAGAGGAGCGUGCUAUCAAUACUUCGCGAGGCCGCUCCCGAGACAGAUCAACUUGGUCAAGCUCCGCUAUCAAAGGAAGAGAUAUCUAUCUGGAGAGACGAAUGGCGUAUAAUAUUGCUGUUCCUCGAGCUCUACACAUUUGUCCUCAAGUUCAUGGACGAUGAUGAUUUCUUCGCAUUUGACAAAUCUCGGAGCUUCAGCACUGCGAAUACUCCAACCAGUAUAGUAUCGAGAAGGGGCGCGUUGCCAUUGGGAGACGUUGCGCUGAUGACCACAUUCUUGAAGAACCUGGCAUUCACACUGUAUUGGAACGCAGCAGAUCUGGUAGAAAGUGAUGAUUCUGUCGAGGAGGCCAAUCUAGCGGCGCUCUUUGGCGGCGCUCCUGUGGCGUCCACAAGAUCCACAGACCAAAAAGAGCAGACGUUGACUGGCAAUGGUGUUUCUCAAGGCUAUCUCAAAGGUCUUGUUACUGGGUUGUUACGGAUGCUUCAUGAAAGGGAUUCUAGACAUUCAUUCGUACCUGCUGGUCACUGGUUGAUGAGCGAUCAUAUUAACAUGUCUGGCUUCAUUCCGGCGGUGGUAGCGGAAGAGGAAAAGCGGCAUCAACUUGGCGAUGAAGAGGACUCUGACGAAAAAGACGAUAGCCUCAAUGACGCGAUGGAUAUGGAUUUGUCUACGGAGUCAGGUUCAUCCGAGACCCUGUUGAGCACCAUAUUCGGGAUUCGCCCAUCGCACAUGCCACGAUCUGCGGCGUCCCGACAAGCCGACCGCUAUGAACAGCGGCGACAACAGGCUCGGAAAAAGAGACAGCUCGAAUCUUUAGCACCUCGACUUGAAAUUCUUCGCAACCUACCAUUCUUCAUCCCUUUCGAAACCCGGGUACAAAUAUUCCGUGAGUUUGUCUAUCAGGAUCAGCUCAGGAGAAGAGACGGAGCCGUUGACCCCGAUCAAUGGAGAAUGUCAAUAGCUGCAACAACACAAGGACGGGGCCCAGACGGCCGCCCAAGAGCACUCGAUAUCAUCAGUCGACAUCAUGCUGAAAUCCACCGUGACAGCGUGGUUCAAGAUGCUUUUGAUGCAUUUUUCCCGCUUGGUGAAGGACUCAAAGAGCCAAUCCAGAUCACCUUCAUUGACAAGUUUGGUGCACCAGAGGCAGGCAUCGAUGGCGGCGGUGUCACCAAAGAGUUCCUCAUGAGUGUAACAAGUGAGGCUUUGCAGCCUGAAGAUGAUUUCAGCAUGUUCGCCGAGAGCCCACAACAUGCAAUCUACCCAAACCCUAAAUUGAUACCAACAUUGACGAAUUACAUGAGGAAACACGGUAUCCUGCCUGGGACGGACGGGGUGUAUGAAAGCAAAGUCAAAAGAAUGCUUCAUCAGAUGCAAUUUAUCGGCCGAAUAGUUGGCAAGUGCCUGUACGAAGGCAUUCUGAUUGACGUCAAUUUUGCAGGAUUCUUCCUCCUCAAAUGGGCAUUGACUGGUGGCACGACGGUGGGUUCCAAUGAGUCUGCAUAUCGCGCAACGAUCAAUGACUUGCGUGACUACGAUGAGGAGUUGUAUCAUGGGCUGCUGAAACUCAAGAACUAUCCGGGUGAUGUCGAGGCAGAUUUCUCGCUUGAUUUCACCGUGACGGAUAUGAUGCACGACUGUGAUGAAAACGGCGCAGAUGUGUCACGUCCUCAUACAAUAGAACUGAUUCCCAAUGGAGCCAACACCCCCGUGACCAACACCAAUCGACUUGUCUACAUUGAUCGAGUUGUCAGGUACAGACUGCAGCAACAACCAAAAGCAGUCACUGAUGCCUUCUUGAAAGGCCUAGGCCAGAUCAUUCAACCUAUGUGGCUGGCCAUGUUCAAUCAGAAAGAAUUGCAGAAACUCGUGGGAGGCGACAACACAGAACUUGACAUCGCCGAUUUGAGGAGGAACACCAUGUAUGGAGGAGUCUAUGCGAUUGGUGACGAUGGACAGGAACAUCCCACGGUGCAGCUGUUCUGGAAAGCACUGCAGGAGAUGGAUGACGAUGAUCGCAGAAAAGUGCUCAAGUUUGUCACCAGUACGCCCCGUGCGCCUCUACUCGGCUUCAGCCAUCUCAAUCCGAAAUUUAGCAUUCGUGAUUCGAGCGAUGACCAAGAACGUCUUCCCAGCACCAGUACAUGUGUCAACCUGCUGAAACUGCCACGGUAUGAAGACAUUCGGACCAUGAGGGAAAAGUUGCUUUACGCCGUCAAUUCAGGAGCCGGAUUUGACCUUUCUUGA